CAGGAGGAGCCGCUCGCUGGCGGCUGAUCUGGCGUCUCCGUGACAGGCACCCAGCUCCUCCGCCACCGCCACCGCCACCGUCGCCUUUUCUUCUUCGUCCCGGGCCGUGCGUUCCACUGCUCUGGGGCCGGCGCCGCGCCCAGUCCCGCUUCGGGCCGCGCGCCCCACCGCUCCCCUCCCCGGGCAGGGGCGCCGCGCAGCCCGCUCCCGCCGCCACCUCCUCCCCCGCCGCCCUCCUCGCCGGCAGGAAUUGCGCGACCACAGCGCCGCUCGCGUCGCCCGCAUCCGCGCAGCCCGCUGCCGCUCGGCCCUCGGCACCGCUCUGGGUCCGGCCGUCGCGCGGCCAGGGCGCCCCCUGCCCCGCGCUCCCAGGCCCCACCACGCGUCGCCGCGCCCAGCUCCAGCCUCCCCUCCCCCGGGUCUCGCCAGCCCCUUCCUGCAGCCGCCGCCGCCUCCGAAGGAGCGGGUCCGCUGCGGGUCACCAUGCCCAGCAAAACCAAGUACAACCUUGUGGACGAUGGGCACGAUCUGCGGAUCCCCUUGCACAACGAGGACGCCUUCCAGCACGGCAUCUGCUUUGAGGCCAAGUACGUAGGAAGCCUGGACGUGCCAAGGCCCAACAGCAGGGUGGAGAUCGUGGCUGCCAUGCGCCGGAUCCGGUAUGAGUUUAAAGCCAAGAACAUCAAGAAGAAGAAAGUGAGCAUUAUGGUUUCAGUGGAUGGAGUGAAAGUCAUUCUGAAGAAGAAGAAAAAGAAAAAGGAAUGGACAUGGGAUGAGAGCAAGAUGCUGGUGAUGCAGGACCCCAUCUACAGGAUCUUCUAUGUCUCUCAUGAUUCCCAAGACUUGAAGAUCUUCAGCUAUAUCGCUCGAGAUGGAGCCAGCAAUAUCUUCAGGUGUAACGUCUUUAAAUCAAAGAAGAAGAGCCAAGCUAUGAGAAUCGUUCGGACGGUAGGGCAGGCCUUUGAGGUCUGCCACAAGCUGAGCCUGCAGCACACGCAGCAGAAUGCAGAUGGUCAGGAAGAUGGAGAGAGUGAGAGGAACAGCAACAGCUCAGGGGACCCAGGCCGCCAGCUCACUGGAGCCGAGAGGGCCUCCACGGCCACUGCGGAGGAGACUGACAUCGACGCUGUGGAGGUCCCACUCCCAGGGAAUGACGUCCUGGAAUUCAGCCGAGGAGUGACUGAUCUAGAUGCCGUAGGGAAGGAAGGAGGGUCCCACACAGGCUCCAAGGUUUCGCACCCCCAAGAGCCCAUGCUGACAGCCUCACCCAGGAUGCUGCUCCCUUCUUCUUCCUCGAAGCCUCCAGGCCUGGGCACAGAGACACCGCUGUCCACUCACCACCAGAUGCAACUCCUCCAGCAGCUCCUCCAGCAGCAGCAGCAGCAGACGCAAGUGGCUGUGGCCCAGGUACACUUGCUGAAGGACCAGUUGGCUGCUGAGGCUGCGGCGCGGCUGGAGGCCCAGGCUCGCGUGCACCAGCUUUUGCUGCAGAACAAGGACAUGCUCCAGCACAUCUCGCUGCUGGUCAAGCAGGUGCAAGAGCUGGAGCUGAAGCUGUCAGGACAGAAUGCCAUGGGCUCCCAGGACAGCUUGCUGGAGAUCACCUUCCGCUCUGGAGCCCUGCCCGUGCUCUGUGACCCCACGACCCCUAAGCCGGAGGACCUGCAUUCGCCGCAGCUGGGCGCAGGCUUGGCUGACUUUGCUCACCCUGCGGGCAGCCCCUUAGUUGACCACAGCAUGUUUGAGAAUUUGAACACAGCCCUCACUCCAAAGCUCCAGGCCAGCCGCUCCUUCCCCCACUUGUCCAAACCCGUGGCCCCCAGCUCUGCCCCUCCGGGCUCUACUGAGCCUGGGGGGCCAGGACUCUGGGUGGGCAGCAGCCAGCACCUCAAGAACCUGGGCAAAGCCAUGGGGGCCAAAGUGAAUGACUUCCUGCGGAGAAAGGAGCCCUCCAGCCUGGGCAGUGUGGGUGUGACGGAGAUCAACAAGACUGCAGAAGCACAGCUGGUCAGUGGGGCUGAUGUGGCUCCAGGGGCUUGGCCAGAGGAUGAAAGGUCAGUCCUGCAAGAAGCAUUUCCUCGGCUGGAUCCUCCACCUCCCAUAACCAGAAAACGAACCCCUCGGGCCCUGAAGACCACCCAGGACAUGCUGAUUUCAUCACAGCCUGUCCUGAGCAGUCUGGAGUAUGGGACAGAGCCAUCACCUGGGCAGGCCCAGGACUCUGCUCCCACUGCCCAGCCUGACAUCCCAGCAGAUGCUUCACAGCCAGAGGCCACCAUGGAAAGAGAAGAGAGAGGCGAAGUUCUGCCUAAUGGAGAGGUUUCCCUGUCAGUACCUGAUCUAAUCCACAAGGAUAGCCAGGACGAAUCCAAGCUAAAAAUGACUGAGUGCAGAAGGGCCUCCUCCCCCAGCCUCAUUGAGAGGAAUGGCCUCAAACUCAGCUUGAGCCCCAUCAGCCUGGCUGAGUCCUGGGAGGAUGGCAGCCCCCCUCCUCAGGGACGGACCUCCAGCCUCGACAAUGAGGGCCCUCACCCAGACCUGCUGUCCUUUGAAUAGAGCCUCUGCUCUUUCCUGCUGAGCUCUGCGCUUGUCUUCCUGCUGCUUUCUCCUCCACUGCACACACGGACCCUGGCCCCAACUCCGCCGUGCCCUUGGACUUCCUCAUAUGAGGCACCAGCAGAGAGCCAGUCGUCCAUCAUGGGAUUUUGCAGGACUGGAAGUCCUUGAGUAGUUCUAGCUAAAGAGUCUAUCUGCAGAAUGGCUAAAGGACUCGAUGCCAUCUUGAGCCUAAUUUUCUGUAACCUCCUCUGAGAGGGCUGCAGCCCUUGGACAUUAGAGCUCUUACACUCUUGAGCUUGUCCUGUCUUCUCAGUGAAUUGCAGGGCCACCAGCCCAGGACAAUGGAUCUUGCAGGAAUUCUCUUUGCCUGUCCCCUACAUGCACCUCCUCCCCUGCUGUUCUCCCUCCCACACCCCGUCCCUUCUCUCUCCUCCUUGAUGGGUCCGAGGCCCCUGGCCUCAGCGGGAGCAAGGCUGGAUGAGGAAUGAUGGGUUUGGCUUGAUGAUAGGCCCUGGCCUGGAAAGCCACACACCCUGACCACAGCCCAGCCAUGGCUCCUUUUGGUCCCAGGACAGCGCAGGCCCCUGGUUGCCAUGUUUGCUCUGCCCCUGGGGUGGAGGCCAGAGGAGACGCUUACCAGGCCUGAGACCUUGAGAGUUCACCCAGGGUUCCCAAGGUUUCCCCCUAUCUGGUCAGAUGUCAACUACAAAAUGUGGGCAUGCUGCACAGAAGGAAAGAUGAGGCUACCUUUGCUGUGUAUGUGAAGACAGGAGAGCCAGGCCCCAGCAGAUGCAGCCGAGCACACUCUGAUUUUGUUUCUGGGGGAGGGCCCAGGAACUUGGGGGUGGUUUUGGCAUUCAGGGCUGAAGCUGAAAACCCAGAGCAGAAGUAGGGAGAAGGGAGUGAGGAUGGGACAGAGAAGAGCGAUCGCUGGGGAUCAGAACAGCUUUUCAGGGGCCACCUUGCAACCUAAAAUGAUGCCGUUUCAGGGCCUGGGCCUGCUGUGAGAGCCAGAGUGAAACGUGUGCAAGAUUGGAAUGUGAGAAGAACUGAGGGGGGAAACCACUUUUAAUUGAGUGGAAGUGUUUUGUGCUUGUGCUGAAGUUACCUGGGCCUCCUGUAGCCCUGGACCUCACUGGAGCGGCCCCACCCUGCCCGUCCCUGCCCUUCUUUUAUGCUGAUGCUGGUGGGCUAUGUCCUGCUUCAGGAUCCACAUAAGGGACUGACCAGGUUCAUCCAACCUUAACUGGUUCCUGCUCUCCUGGAUUAAGCCACUUUUAGGUCUCCCACCAGGGGUCCUAUUGUGCUGUCUUCCUGUGGCCAGCAGACCCUGUAAGGGGGUGAUCCUAAUCCCGGGGCUCUUUGCAGCAAGAGGAGAACAUCCCUUUUCUUGAACAAGGUGGCCGGUUCCCUGGGAGAAGGCUGGGAAUGGCACGUCCAGCCAGGGCGGGCAGUGCGGCAUCCUUCUCCUGGGAUUCCUGUGGCCUCCCCUGUUCUAUUCAUUAUUUGGCUUCCCAACCAUAAGCUCUGGGAUACCCAGGGCUUGCUUCCCAGCUCAUCUCAUCUCUAAGCCUUUGCUCCCCUUCCCACCACCGCUGCUAUGUAAAAUGGCCAUGCUAACUCCUACAGAACUAGGAGCCUCAGCAGGAUUGCUAGGAUGUGGGUGCCUUCCUGCAUUCUUGCUUCUGCAGCUGUGUGGCCUUCCCACAGCCCUCCCACCAUUUUCCCUUCUACCUUGCCUUCCAUUGUCUUCCUUCUCCCAGAAAGCUAGGUUUCAACACGUGCUCACCACUAGCUAUCUGUCUCCCCUCCCUCGUGGGGGUUGCUGCAGCAAGGCACCUGCAGGCCCUGGUAGAGUGAGCAGGGCUUAUGUGUGCAUUCUUUACGUGUACAUCUCCAAGGAUGUGAUAUCUGACCCUGAUGUCAGAGAGGAGGUCUCAGGACUAGCAUUUGGGGUCCUGUGAGUUUUCCCAGAAUGGUUUGGGAUAUCACACAAAACACCAGAGCUGAGGAUAGGGGUAGAGUCCCCAGACACACAUCCUGGGAGCAAGCCACUUCAUCUGAGUUUGCCAUACCAGGAACAUGAUUUGUGCUUUGGUGGGAAACUUAGCAAGUCCCUGCACUCUGGGGCUUCUCCUCUUCUAGAGCCCAGGGUGGCUCUGGCCCGAUGAUAUGGCAGCCAUAGGUACAGGUAUUGCAGGUGCAGUCUUUCUUAAGUACCCUGCCUCCUCUCUAUAGCCCAGCUGCUGCUAGAGUCCAGGACCUUAGACCCAGGAUGAGCAAAAGGACUCCACCAGGUUGUCCAGGACCAUUUCCACGGUGACCCCAGAGUUCUUCAGACUUCUGUCUGAUACUGAACACAGUGCCACGGGACCCUGCUCCAAUCUACCUACAACCCGCCCAUCCCCCUGCUGCAGGGGUGACGCUGCUACCUCGGGAGGCUCUCUUGAGACUGGUGUCUGGUCUUAGAUGCUGCAGAUAGUACCUGGUGCUAGGGUCUAGGUGCUGCCCAAAGCCCAGCAGGAACAGCUACUACUCAUCGUGCAGAGGCCUUGGCCCAGACCAGCUCUUUCAUCCAAAGCCUCACCUGGUUUCCGUGUUCAUCUCAACAGUCUGGCCUUCCUGUGACUGCAGCCUGGCAGCCACACCCCCAGUAAUCCCGCACAGUGAGUCUAGCUUCUCUGGGAGCUUGGCCUUCAGUUAGCCCCAUCCAUGAGAGGGCAGGGUAAUGAGGAGGAGUAAAGGACCUAUCUUUUCUGUCCACAUAAGGAAUUUGGGACCACAGGGUCUUUUAUCUCCUUGUUACUCCCCAACCCCAUCGUAACCUCCUACUCAGCACACAGCUUUAUCCUGGUAGAUUAUAAGGUGAGCUUCCAGAACCUGGCAGGAGGCUGGCGUAUCCCCCUGCACGGAGGGAGGUGUAUCUGAAUGUUGUGUAUGUGGCUGAUAUGGAAGACAGACAUGUAUGCAAUCAAUCAGCCUUUAAAGAAGAAGACUGGCUGCAGUUCGGAGGAAGAGGAGGAAGAUUACAGAUCUAUUCUGAGUAUUUUUUAGAGAGUUAAUAUUUAUAUUUUUAGUAAUUUUCUGGUAGAAGGAAAUUGCACAAUAAAAUGAUUUGGUUUGGUUUGCU